GAUGCGCUGCACUCCAAUCCGCACGUGAUUAAGAUAAAAAGACAAGAAAAAAUAUGUGACAUUUUGAAGUGGCUCGCUGGACGCGGAUGCUUUUCACUCUUCCGUGUGCUGGUACUUUUCUUUUUUGUUUAUUUCCUACGCUGAUCAGUCUGUGGAAUGGUCUGCGCUUUCUUCUCGGUGUCGUUUCCACUUCAGCAUGGGAACUGCGGUGUCCAAAAAGAAGAAUCUGAGGAGUGAUGCGAUUUCUUCUGUGGCCGCAAAAGUUAGAGCAGCCAGAGCGUUUGGAGAGUAUCUGUCCAAUACAAAUCCUGAGAACCGCAACGGAGCAGAUCAUCUUCUGUCUGACACGUUUCCUGGCCAGGACUGCGACUCGCCAGAUGUCAGCCGUUUGCAUAACAACAAUCUGCCACCACAGUCCCAGAGUUUAACCAUAGCUAAACCCAGCCAGUCUCAUCAGUUUAAUCCCAGCACUCAUCCACAGUCUCUGCCUCAGGUCAACACCCUCCAGGGUCAAGUGCCGCUGGGCCCUUCCAAACGCAGACUAUCUGUUGAACGAAGCCUCUCUACAGAGGAGCCACCAGGUGCCAGAGGCCUAGAGGGGAGUGUAUCUUUAAAGCCAGCUAGAGUGUACACAAUUUCCAGGGAAGGAGGGAUGACCCUCGGGGGCCCUGGAAGUGAGGAGAGCUUGGAGCUGGAGGUGAUGAAGGGACUGAGGGAGCAGUCUGUGUCCCAAGCCCCCGGCACCACCAACUACAACCUGUCCUGCACCAGCCAACCAUCUGCCGCAUCGGCCCGUGGUAGCCAUCACCGUAGUAGCCAUCACCGCAGCAACCAUCACCAUGCUCACCAGCAUCACAGCGGCCCGUCAUCAUCUUCACAGCCGCUUCAGAGCUCAAGGAGUGCCAGCAACAUUGGGGACUGGGGUCUGAGGAGAGGAGGGUCAAGAGAAGACUACACCCCAGACUGUGUGGCCUGUAUUCGGGCUCCAUGUCAAAGCCAGCGAUCCCUCGACCUGGAUACCUCACCACGGGAUGGAGGGAAGCACCGCAAGAAACUGGAGAGGAUGUACAGUGAGGACAGAACAUCCACUGAUGACAGGGAGGACAAUCCUAAUAGCUGGUUCCCCAAAGAGAACAUGUUCAGCUUUCAGACAGCCACCACCACCAUGCAGGCAAUAUCGGCUUUCCGAGGCAUUGCUGAAAGAAAGAGGCGGAAAAGAGAGCAGGAGGCAGCCACCAUGAUGGAGAGAAAUUUCCGCAAACACCUUCGGAUGGUGGGCAGCCGCAGGAUGAAGGUCCAGACCUUUGCCGACCGCCGAGCCAAGAGCUUCAGCCGCUCAUGGAGUGACCCCACCCCUGUCAAGCCUGAGUCACUUCAUGACUCCAGAGACAGUGGCGAACUUCAGGCCUCCUCAGGGACACUAGAUGAAGGGCUGGAUGAGGAUGCCGACUGGGAGGAGGAGAGAGAGAUGGAGAGUGUAGCUUGCAAAGGGGAGGACUUCAUCCCACCGAAAAUCAUGCUGAUAUCCUCCAAGGUACCAAAGGCUGAAUAUGUUCCUAACAUCAUUCGCAGGGAUGACCCCUCCAUCAUUCCUAUUCUUUAUGACCAUGAACAUGCAACAUUUGAUGACAUCCUUGAGGAGAUCGAGAAAAAGCUGACUGCAUACAGGAAAGGCUGUAAAAUCUGGAACAUGCUUAUUUUCUGCCAGGGUGGUCCGGGACAUCUGUAUCUGCUGAAGAAUAAAGUGGCCACGUUUGCCAAGGUGGAGAAGGAGGAAGACAUGGUCCAGUUCUGGCGGCGACUUAGCAGGCUGAUGAGUAAGCUGAACCCAGAGCCUAACCUCAUCCACAUCAUGGGCUGCUACGUGCUGGGGAGUGCUAACGGAGAAAAGCUCAUCCAGACUCUGAAGAGGCUGAUGAGACCCUCUUCCGUUGAAUUCAAGUCGCCACUAGAGCUGUCGGCACAGGGCAAAGAGAUGAUCGAAAUGUACUUUGACUUCCGUCUGUUCCGCCUUUGGAAAAGCCGCCAGCACUCCAAGCUGCUGGACUACGAUGACCUGUUGUGACCUCGCUCAGUAUUCUGUUGGCUUGUCAGCUGGUUAUUGCGAAUCUAAGCCCACUGGUGUGCCGUGGUGGGGUGUUUGGUUCGAAGGCCCCCCCCCUCUUUGUGAGCAACCGCUGGCUCUGUGGCAAAGAUGGAGCGGCAGCAGAGUCGGGGUCUGGUGUUUUU